AAGGGAGAAAAGAAAACAAAGAAGAAUGACUUCUAGCCAUUGUGCUGUUUGCAAGAUCUUGAAAGAAACUUGUGCUCAAGGAUGCAUCUCCGCACCAUAUUUUCCAUCGAAUGAUACGAGUUUCGAAGAUGUCAGUAAAGUCUUUGGAGCCGUGAACAUUCGCAAGAUCCUUGCUGAUCUUAAUACCCCUGAACAACGUCAGAUUGCUGCCAACUGCUUGCGCUAUGCGGCUGAGGCUCGUAGACGUGAUCCCAUUUCUAGUUGUCAUGGCAUAAUCCUACACCACAAGAGUAUUCUCAAUAAUAUUGAACAAGAUAUUGAGUCUACAAAGAAUGAGCUUGAAUCCUACGUGGGACCUGAUCGAGUGCCAAAAUUUUUUGAUCUUCCUAUGCCAGAAGAUUUCCUCACUACAUCAGCCUCUUUAGAUUUCUUCGUUGAAAAAAUAAAGAGUUUAAAUGCAGUUCAAAAGAAUCAACUUAUGCAACUCCCAGCUGCUGAUGCGCAAAUGAUAAUGGGUAAAAUAUUUUGGAAGGGGGAAGAUCAAAAGAUGGAUGAUGGUCAUGGUCCCGGAGCUGAUGGCGCAUCAACAUCGGCUGGUCAGUGAUACUCAAGAGAUACUUCUAUUACCUGAAAACCAAAACCAAUAAUAAUUUUAAUUAAAUGUCUUUCGUCUGUUUUUCCUUUAAACUCCAGUUCCGUAAUAAUUUUGUGUCGUUUUCCUUUAUUUAUUUCCAGUUCGUCAUAAAUCUAUGUAGUUUCGUUUAAUAAACAUCUAUGUUGUUUGAUCUAUUCUCCUAUGAUGUUUCCUUU